UUUCCAGAGGGUAAUCCCCCCCUCCCCCCUUAAUUGCUCCAUUUCACACUUCACUCAGCCUUUGUUAAAUUUAUAUCCUCCCAGCCAUUCUCAAACACAAACUAAUUCUUGAACUCCAAAUCAUACUUAUUCACUGGCAUUCCCCUAGAAUGCUAACAUAAUCUUUUAAGUUAACCAGGUCCACAAUCUCUUCAUGGCUUUUGUAAUCAGUUGCUUGAUUUAUACGUACCUACAUCUCAUUUAUGGCUCUUGCCACUACACCACUGUGUAACAUACUUUUAUCAUAAUUUUCACCCAAUAGGUACCUACUUUUUGCAUGCUUGAAAAAAGUUAUGCUAUCUUUACUCUAUCUUUGCUUCCAAAUUGAAAUUUCCAAUAAAUUUUUUUACUAUUUUUACUAGGUAACCUUUACAAGAAAAGGUUUUGAAAAGAAAGAAAAAUUAACACUAAAAAAAUGGCUCCUCUUAAUUCAUGGGAGGUUAUAGAACCAGCCAACUAUUUCAAAAGUUUUGUUGACCAGUCAUCUAGGCCAGAUGGCAGAGACUGGAACACAGCUCGUCCCAUCAGUGUGCGUGUUGGGUCCAUUGGCACAGCUGAAGGUUCUGCCACGGUGCGCCUGGGCAACACAACAAUUGUGUGUGGAGUGAAAGCCGAGCUUUGCCGACCCUCCCUUGAACAUCCCACACGAGGCUUCGUUGUUCCUAAUGUUGAGCUCUACCCUUGCUGCUCCUCUACAUUUAAGGCGGGACCUCCUGGCGAGAAAGCCAUCAGCACAAGUCAAUUCCUGCAGCGGCUACUGCAGAACAAUGAGAUCAUUGAUUAUGAGCAGCUGUGUGUUGUUCCUAAUAAGUGGGCGUGGUGCUUGUACUGCGAUAUAUUAUGUCUGGACUAUGACGGGAACCUCAUAGACUCGAGUUUGUUGAGCUUGGUGGCUGCUCUGCUGCACCUCUCACUGCCCACCGUCAACAUCGACCCUGACACCGAGGCGCUGUCGCUCUCACAGAAACACACGCAGAAGCUCACAAUCAAGGAACGUCCCAUGUCGACCACAUUUGCAGUUUAUAAUUCAGACAUACAGCUGCUGGAUCCUAGUGCCGCAGAUGAGGCGGAGUGUGGUGGCGAGGUUUCUGUUGUGCUCAUGGAGAGUGGCGACGUCUGCAGCAUCAGAAAAACAGGUGGUCGACAGGUGGGCGUCUUGCUUCCUUCUGCUGUGAGCAGCGGGAAAGUACAAGGUUUUAUUAGCACAGCACAGUCGCGUUUAUCUGGCAUCCACGAGACUCUGAAAGAAGCUCUUGAGCUGCACGCUUCAGCAAAUAGAAAGGAACCAUAACGAGUGUUUAUCUUCCCUCC